AAUACAGGACCUCUAUAAAACAAGUUCAGAUCCCAAGAGAGGCAAAAUUCAUGGUGGAAUGAUUAGGGAACUUUUGAUUGCAUUUUUCAAGUCCACAGGGCAUAAGCCUCACAGAAUUAUAUUCUACAGAGAUGGUGUAAGUGAAGGGCAAUUUAGUCAAGUUCUUUUUCAUGAAAUCGAUGCAAUACGGAAGGCUUGCAUCUCGAUAGAAGAAAACUAUCUACCACCGAUCACCUUCGUAGUUGUGCAAAAGAGACACCACACACGACUCUUCCCUGCUAAUCAUGGAGAUCGUAAUGCUACAGACAGGAGUGGCAACAUUUUGCCAGGUACUGUUGUUGACACUAAGAUAUGUCACCCCAGCGAAUUUGAUUUUUUCCUUUGUAGCCAUGCUGGGAUUCAGGGAACUAGCCGUCCAACACAUUACCAUGUGUUGUAUGAUGAGAACAGAUUUAAUGCAGAUGCUUUACAAGUGCUAACGAACAACUUAUGUUAUACGUAUGCCAGGUGUACUAGAUCAGUUUCUAUAGUUCCACCUGCUUAUUACGCACAUUUAGCUGCAUUCCGUGCUCGCUACUACAUUGAGGGUGGUGACACUUCGGAGAGCGGAUCCUCAGGUGGUAAUCCCACAAGGGAGCAAAAUGUGGAGGUCCGCCCACUGCCUGUCAUUAAAGAUAACGUGAAAGAUGUCAUGUUUUAUUGCUGAAUGAAAAAUGUCAUUUUCUUUUAACGCUGAAUUGUUAGCCUUCUCUAGUUUUUGGUUGAUGGGCAUGGCUAAAAUGCUAUUAUUUCUCCUUGUCUCUCUUUAUGUAUAGCUUUUGGCUUAACUUAUAACUUCCAGCAAGCUGUGGCAAUAGUUUGAUUGCUGAAAAGAAAUUAUUACUUUGCUUCUUCAAAUACUUUGUCUGAUUGUCAUGGGGAGAUGUCUCUUAUUGCGUGCUUGACUUGUUAGACUUGACAAAGAUAGAUGUAAUUAACUUGGUCUCGUUCAGUUCUGUUA